GCUGCCUCGAAGACAGAGCCGUGCCGACAGUCCAGUCAACAGGAGCGUCUUUUUUUUCUUUCUUAUAUCAAAGGCUCGAGGGAUCGGACAUCGAGUGUUUAAGUCGCGUGUGAUCGGCCCGGUAUCUUGGCGGAGAGAUCUCUUAUCGACGCGUCGUCGAUAUCUCUGCCAACGAAAGACACUUUGCGGGUUCGACAAAGUUUGAGGAAAUCAGUACCAGUGAUUAGAACUAUCGAGUGAUUAGAGAACGAAGCGUGAACUUGGAUCUGGGAUCGUGGUGUCUGUGGAUAGCCGGUCAAGAUGGGCUCGUUCGGGAUCGGAACGAUAGCAGCUACAACCGCGAGCCUGAUAUUCACGGUACUAUUGGCAACCGGCGACGCUGCGUUGGCCAGGACGGCGUUCGAGAAGCUCACCGAUUACGAUUAUCGCGGCACCACCUAUUACAGCGUGAGGAAUCUGUCGUUGUACGAGUGCCAGGGAUGGUGCAGAGAGGAGACGGAAUGUCAGGCCGCCGCGUUCUCGUUUGUCGUGAAUCCGUUGGCGCCGAUGCAGGAUACUCUCUGCCAACUGCAGAACGAAACGGCCGCCUCGAAUCCGGCCGCCCAGCCCCAAAGAGCCGUCAAUAUGUACUACAUGACGAAACUGCAAAUAAGAUCCGAGAACGUUUGUUUGCGACCGUGGUCCUUCGAACGCAUUCCAAAUAAAAUGAUACGAGGAUUGGACAACGCAUUAAUUUACACGUCCACGAAAGAAGCCUGUCUCGCUGCUUGCUUAAACGAGCAUCGUUUUACCUGUCGUUCCACAGAAUAUAAUUACGUGACACUUCAGUGUCAUUUAAGCGACUCGGAUCGUCGAACGACAGGUCAAUACGUUCAAUUCGUGGACGCGCAAGGAGUGGAUUACUUUGAGAAUUUAUGUUUGAAAGGAAAAGAGGCCUGCAAGUAUCAAAGGAUUUUCCAAAUGCCCAGAAUCGGCGUAGCGGACGAUAAAGUUGCACAAUACGCAGGCCUACACUAUUACACCGACAAGGAGCUGCAGGUUCAGAGCGAGUCUGCUUGCAGAUUAGCCUGCGAAAUCGAAAACGAGUUCCUUUGUAGAUCUUUUCUCUAUCGUGGCGCUCCUCAAGGAUCGGCUUAUAAUUGUCACCUCUUCCAUCUGGAUCAUUGGACUCUUCCGGAUGGACCUUCGACGUAUCUUAAUGCAGAGAGGCCGUUGAUCGAUAAUGGAGAACGAGUGGGCACCUACUUUGAAAAUUUCUGCGAAAAGGGUACUGGACCAUUAGCGGAUCCACUUCCGGUAGUUUUUGAAACCACAGAAGAUCCUACGAUAAAUAAUCUCACUAGAAACGAUAUUAAUUGUGAUAAGACUGGCACUUGUUACGAUGUAUCGGUUGAUUGUAAAGACACUCGUAUCGCUGUCCAAGUUCGUACGAAUAAACCCUUCAAUGGACGAAUUUACGCUCUUGGACGAUCCGAAACUUGCAAUAUUGAUGUUAUCAAUAGCGAUCUCUUCAGGUUGGACCUCACAAUGAGUGGACAAGAUUGUAACACACAGAGCGUGCGUGACGGUUUUCAGACUGGAAUUUAUUCAAACACGGUUGUACUACAACACCAUUCCGUGGUAAUGACAAAGGCUGACAAGAUUUACAAAGUUAAGUGUACAUACGAUAUGUCCUCGAAGAAUAUAACAUUCGGCAUGAUGCCGAUCAGAGAUCCGGAAAUGAUCAGUAUCACCAGCGCACCGGAAGCGCCUCCACCCAGAAUUCGCAUCCUCGAUAGUCGAUCGCGAGAGGUUGAAACUGUACGCAUUGGCGACAAGUUGACGUUCAGAAUCGAAAUCCCGGAAGACACUCCUUACGGCAUUUUCGCUCGCAGUUGCGUAGCUAUGGCAAAGGAUUCGAAAAGCACGUUCCAAAUUAUCGACGACGAAGGAUGCCCCGUCGAUCCUUCCAUUUUCCCCAGUUUCACUCCCGACGGUAAUGCUCUGCAAUCUAUAUACGAAGCUUUUAGAUUCACCGAAUCUUACGGUGUAAUUUUCCAAUGUAACGUAAAGUACUGUCUGGGACCCUGCGAACCGGCUGUUUGCGAGUGGGGACGCGAAUCCGUAGAAUCGUGGGGUAAGAGACGUAGAAGAAGUCUUGCGAACUCGACAGAGGAAAAAGGCGAAGAUAUGACUCUGUCCCAAGAGAUUUUAGUGCUCGAUUUUGGCGAUGACAAAGAAUCCGGUUUCUUAAAGAGCGAUGCCAGCAUAGACUUCAAUGAAGCAGACAAAACAGUGACCAUCGUAGAGCCGUGUCCAACAAAAACUUCGGUGUUGGCGCUCGGGGUGACGUGUGCUCUUUUGGUGCUCAUCUACAUCUCCACGAUCUUCUGUUACUACAUGAAGAAGUGGCUAACACCUCGCAAAAUGAUGCCUUAAGAAAAAAGGUUUAUUCGAGCAUUCGUAAACAUGUACGAAGAAAACAGAGUGCGAGAGUUCACACAUACAUUUCACACAUAGGCAUAUUCAUAUCGUAAGUUAUCAAAAAAUCCAUACUUAGCAAUUGUCAUUCGCCCUCUCAUUUCUAUUAUAUGUUCAUUUUCAUUAUAUUCACGACGGGUAAAUAAUGUGUAAUAAAAAGUUAAAAGAUUUUUAUAUUAUUAUUCACACACACACACAAAGGGGGCACAAUUGUAUUAUUAUCAUGUGCAUCUGAAUUACGUAUAAUCCAUUUAAUA